UAAUUCAUUGAGUACGUAGCUAUAAGCGCAUUGCAGCACUUUGGUGCCCGCAGUCAAGACAAACCUGGCGUUAUGGAGAAGUGUGUGAUUUGUCUGCUGCUUCUGACAAGUCUGUUAUUGGGUAAUGGUGGUUUUUGUGAGGCCCAGGAAAAUGACGGGUCUGCAUUUCAAUGUAAUGAUUACAAGAACCACCCGUGUACCCGUCCAUGCUUGGAGGGCGCCCUCCCCAAACUCUGUCGCUACUACUUCCUGCUGGAGCACUACACAACAAUGUCUACAGCCUGCUACGACUGCCCUAGCAACAGCAGCCAUUGUUUCCUGCCGCAGUGCGUCCUUGGCAGCGGGGGAAACCACUCUGUCCUAACCGUCAACCGCAUGUUGCCAGGGCCGACCAUAAAUGUCUGUCAGAAUGACGUCAUCGAGGUGACAGUGGACAACCGACUGGAGGUCGGGGAAGGUGUGAGCAUACAUUGGCACGGCCAGCGACAGCGCGGUACACCACACAUGGACGGCACAGCCCUGGUCACCCAAUGUCCACUGCACUCUGGGGCCAAAAUGACUUACAGGUUCAAGGCCACGGAAGAAGGCACUCACUUCUGGCACUCACACUCCAAUCUUCAGAGGUCACAAGGUAUAUUCGGUGGGCUCAUCGUCCGGACGCCUCCAACCUUGAACCCUCACGUCAACUUAUACGACCUUGACCUUCCAGAACACGUAAUCAUGCUUAAGGACUGGGUCCGUAGGUCUGUGGACGAGACGUUUGCCAUGAACUAUCGCUCGGGUGUCUUGCAGUUAGGGGAUGCCAUACUCGUCAAUGGUUUGGGCCACGAGAAAGGGUUCUCAACUGAUCUUCCUUACCCGAGUUUCAAGGUCAUGCCAGGUCUUAGAUAUCGCUUCCGGGUCAUAGUAAAUGGACUCUUGGAUUGUCCACUGCAGGUCAGACCCAACAGGUCAACCCGCGCUUCGAGUUCCCUCCCUUGCCCGGAGAGAACACGUCACGACGUCGCACCACGGUGUUUAACCAACAGCUGAACUAUAUCACGUCCCACCUGCCCCCCUCCCCGCCUCUCUCACAGCUACAGGAUAUCCCAGAGAGUGAGUUCUGUAACAACGAAACCCUGAGGGCAGUAGACUGUUCUGUCGACUUCUGCACGUGCAUACAUCGCCUGCAGGUGGCCCUAGGGGACCUUGUUGAGAUGGUGCUCAUCAACUACAGCUUUCUGAGCGCGAGUCACCCAAUGCAUCUUCACGGACAUCGGUUUCGCGUCAUGGGCAUAUACCAGUUUGACAGAGAGUUGACAGUGGAUGAAGUGAGGCAGAUGGACGCCAUGGGGGAAUUCCCACGACGUCAUAGCAGGGCCCCACUCAAGGACACACUGGUCGUCCACGCCCGCUCUGUGGUCAUCAUACGUUUCCGGGCCGACAACCCAGGCUUCUGGCUCAUGCACUGCCACAUCGAGUUUCACACCGAGACCGGUAUGACCUUACUCCUGCAAACAGGAAGUCCCGAAGACCUACCCAAACCACCAAGGGGGUUCCCCAGAUGCGGGGACUGGGCGCCACCUGACCUGACACAGGAUGAGCUUAAAGCUCUGGACAUCCCGGAUUACCCUGGGUCUAAAGUGAAACAAACAAACCACGAUGAGUUUUUCAAAGAAGAAAAGACCUCUCACGCCAGCAAGUUUCCCAAGGAUAACAUUUCAUCAAAACGUAAUUACAAAUCGCCUCACAACUCUGCCCAAGGCGCAGAAAUAGACGAAGUAAUAAGAUCUAGAAAGAAUGAGGAUAAAGAAAGACGUUUAGGACUGGCUGUUGGUGUGCCAGUGGGGGUCACGUGUAUCUGUGCCCUGGUUGCUCUAGUUUUGGUAGCUAGGAGAAGACUGGACAGGAAACAUAUGUACCUGAAACUGUCUACAGAAAACAUCGGCCAGUCUAAAAGUUUACCGAAAUAACGUUUUUGGGAAACUGGAUGCUGUGAACAAACAGUCUUUUACAGUAGAACCUGUUCUAGCGCCCAACUGUCCAAAUCUACCACCUGUACAAACGGCCACCUCCCACUUCCCUUCUUGUAUUAUUUUUCUAUUAUCACAACAUGUCACUUCUCACGUCUCUUCUCACCAUUUCCAUCAGAACCCCGAUUCUUGGACAAGGAGCUAGGAGAAAACAGGUUUUCCCGAAAAGACGCAAACUCGCAACACGACUGCCAAUAGCGAAUCUGGCUGAAACAUUAACUCUGGAGUGAAACAAACCACGCGUAGUUUUAGGAGGGCAAAAAGGCCUCUCAAACCAACAAGUUUACGUAGGAAAACGUUGACAACAUUUCAUGAAGACAUAAUUACAAAAUCGAUUUAAAAAACAUGCCACGUUGAUCAGUUUUCUUCUGACAAGCUCGACAACGUUACUGGAUUUUUUGAUAACCUUGUGGCACUUCUCUUGGUCGAUUCUUUAGACUUCCUGUUCAACAUUGAAUUCAAACUGUUCGAUUGCGUGUGGGUUGUUUUUGCAGUCUCCAUCAGCCAAAAGUUCUACUGAAAAUAUUCAAGAGAGUUGAAGUCGAAGGAAUGUGCUGGCAAUUUAUUUUUAAGCUUUCGGUUUAUAAGUUGUUUCCCAAACCAUUCUUGCAACCAUGGAAGGGUCAGUCUUGACGUGUGGGGUGUGGCUCCAUCCUACUGGAAUCAUGCCUCCUCAACAGCAUAACAACUCUUUCACCUCCCCAAACUUUUCUCAAAAUUUCUCAUUGAAAUAUCGAUCUGAAAUUCCUUAAACUCAAUAUUAUUUCUCGAACAAGUGGCUGAUUUUCUUCACAUUAAUAAACUUAACAUUCCCACUGUUGAAUUUUUAUUUGUUAGAAGUUCUGUUGAAAGUGUUUGAAAUAAUAUGACCGAGCUAUUUAUUAUUACUCUGUAAAUGUCUUUUUUUAGAAUCCCGGUAUGUCGUUAAAUAAAAAAAGCCUUCCCCGUCGCUGUUAUCGUUUCUCUACAUUGGCAAACAGA